AACCCACAUUUCUUUGUCAUUCACAGUCAUAUCACAAAUUCACAAAAUAGUUUAUACACGUUCGGCAAGCAUGGUUGUGGCUUUGGGUCCUGGAAAAUUCUACGGAAGCAGCCUGCCGAGGCCGCGAUUCUACACAGAUGUAAAGCUGAACGAUGAAAGGGUGGACCCACCGGCUACAGUCAUGGAUCCUUUAAUCUCGUGGGCUGAGGAGGCUCACUGGUCCAUGGGUGGACUCAGCUUCAAGCGCCACCGUCUCCAGGGCCGGAUUGAGGGUAAUGUGAUCAAGCUCCGUGCUCAGCGUGAGAUGAGCUUCAAGAAAUCUCAUAAUUCUGCUGUGUCUCACCCUGAAAAGAGUAAAAAUGGGAGAACGCCGUCGCCAUCCCCGCCUCCGGCUCCGGUGGCAAAUAAGAGGAGGCGUGUUGUCGGUUUGGUGGACGAGGAUGAGGGCGAGAAAGAGGAGGGGUAUGGAUCUGGGAGAGAAAUCAAGAGAGGGGCAGUGAGGAAGUUGGGUGAUGAUUUUGAGAGGGUAGCACGUGAGAGUGGGAUGAGAAGCAAAAAAGCAAGUCCGGCAAAAAAAGUUACCGUCGGUGGCGGUGAUGUCUUGACGGCAAUGACAAGGAGUAAGAAGAAGGAGGUUAUGAAUGAAGAAAAGGCUAAGAAGGGGAAAAAGCUGGUAAAGGGUGGAAAAAGUGUUGGUGCUGCGGUGGUGACUGCUGCCACUUCUGGGCUUAGAAGCUCGCCUCGUCUGGCGGCACGGGGUUGAUUGAUGUCAAAGUGUUUGAUGAAAUUCCUCAAUAGGAUGAAGCCGUAGGUCCGUAGAUUAUUCUGGGAUUUAUUUAUAUUUUGCUUGCAAUUUUACUUUUUGUUCUUUUUCAUUCUGAGAUUCGUAAUGCAAAAUCAUUGCAGCUAACUUUUGAUGUAAAUUGCUUGAUUGGGAAUGAAAGAUUAAUUUACUUCUGUGAACUGAAAUAUUAUAUUUUGGGAUUGAA